AUGAUGAAAGCAAUACUUUUAUUACUGCUAACAUUAACAGUCUGCAACCAGGCAGUAAAAAUUCCAGAAAAAUUGGCCAGUAAAACAGUGGUUGAACCGGAAGCGCAAUGUACUUUUACUGUUCAUAAAGGAGGACCUAAUGGACCAGUGAUUAGCGGAACAAAUCUGUAUUCAGAAUUAUAUUAUAAAAUUACGUGUGAAAAAGAAAAAGGAUACUGUUUACGGGUAAGUAACUGUACAGUAAGCGGCGAAGGUGCUAGUGAGAAGCCGUAUCAGGUUAUCGACGACAACGGAUGUACAACUGAGCCAAGUCUUUUUGAGCAUGUUCAGUAUGAAAACGAUUUUACUGCCGGAAUUUAUAAUCCAUUACCGGUUCGUUUUCGGGGAACCAGCGGUUCAGUAAACUUCUUUUGUACAACAUCGUUGGUGGCGUUAAACCGGAACGGUAAAUGUGAAAGACGGUUAUGUACGUGGAAUGAAUACUCAAAGAAAGCAAAUACUAAACAAUAA